UUAAACCCUUUCCGGUACUUGAUCCUGUUAAUUCUACAUUGUUUCUGUUGAGCUUGAAAUCUGUCAAAACUUGGUCUCUUCAUCCUUGUUUCCUUGUUAUUUGUGUCUGUUUGCUCUGUUGGUAUAUUACCACUUACUUUUGCUUCACUUUUGAACCAAAAAACAAAAACACAAACAUGGAAAUUACUAUGGGCAGCGCUAGCAACCUUGUCACAGGAGUCAUUGGAUACACGUUUCAAAAAGUUCGACGUCAUUUCAGCUAUGUAUUCCACUAUAGAAGAAGGGUUUCUGAUUUCGAGAAUAAAGUCGAGACCUUGAAAGAGAGAAGAGACCGAGUGCAGCAGGAGGUUGAUGCCGCUGAAAACAACGGCAAGAAUAUACACACCGACGUCAAGACUUGGCUGAUUCAAACCGACGCUUUAAUCAAUUCAGAGUUGAAGGGUCUUGAAAACAAAGCAAAGAGCAAGUGUUUCAUUGGCUUGUGUCCAAAUUUCAAGGCUCGUUAUCAGCUUGGUGUGAAAGCAGAAGCAGAUGCCAGCGCUGUUGUUGAACUCGUCCGACAAGGUGUAUUUCAGACAGUAUGGUACCCGAAUGUUGCUCGAGGCAUGAUGAAUGUGUCUCCGAAAGAUUUCGAGGCCUUUGAUUCAAGAAAGCAGGUGUUUUCCGAUAUCAUGGAGGCGGUGAACGAUCCUAAUGUCAACAUUAUAGGGGUGUAUGGAAUGGCUGGUGUUGGCAAGACCACGCUUGUUAAAGAAGUUGUUAGACAAGUCAAGGAGGAUAAGUUAUUCGACUCCGUGGUUAUGGCAGCUGUGACUCAAACUCCUGACAUCCAAAAGAUUCAAGAUCAAUUUGCAGACAUGUUGGGAUUGAAAUUCGAAGAGCUUAGCGUGAACGGAAGAGCAAAUCGGUUGUGCGAAAGGUUGAAGAAAGAAAAGAAGAUUCUUGUCGUUUUAGACGAUAUCUGGGCAACAUUAAACCUGACGGAAGUGGGGAUUCCUUCCGGAGACGAGCAUCAUGGAUGCACCAUACUACUUACGUCCAGAGAUCUGCAUGUGUUAUCCAAGGGUAUGGAUGCUAAAAAAUGUUUUCUAAUUGGAGUUUUAGGCCACAACGACGCUUGGGAUUUGUUCAAGAAGAUGGCAGGGGACAGUAUUGAAAGUCCAGAUUUGUUGCCCAUUGCAACUAAGGUAGCCAAAAAGUGCGGUGGUCUGCCGGUCGCCAUCAAAGCACUUGCAAAGACUUUGAGAAAUGAACCUCCAUUUGUGUGGGAGGAUUCUUUACGGCAACUCAACAAGCCUUCCACAAACAACUUCAGAGGGGUACCAGCAGAAGCAUAUUCAGCAAUAGAGCUGAGUUACAAUCGUUUAGAAAGCGAAGAAUACAAACAGACUUUCUUGCUAUGCAGUCUAAUAGGCCAUAACGCAUACAUUGCAGUCUUGCUUAAACUUGCAAUGGGUUUGGGAAUAUUUCACGGUGUCGAUACAGUCGAAGAGACGCGGAACAGACUAUUGACAGUGGUGAGUCAUCUCAAAGCCUCAUGUUUGUUACUUGAUGGUUAUUACAUCGAGAGUGUUGAUAUGCAUGACCUUAUUUGCGAUGUGGCCAUAUCGAUCGCUUCUAAAGACAACCGUAUGUUUGUUUCAAGAAACGAGGAUGUUAUUCAUGAUUGGCCAUCAGCAGAAAUAAUGAAAACUUGGGACAUAAUUACUUUGUGGAAUGCUAACAUUAGCAAGCUUCCUGAUCAUUUGAAGUGCCCCAAACUUAGUUUUUUCUUCAUGGUUAGCAAGGAUCCUCCCACGAAAAUUCCCACCAAUUUUUUUCACGAAAUGAGAAAUCUUAGAGUCCUGGUUUUUUGUCAAAUGGAUUUUCCAUCCUUGCCUUCAUCACUUUCCCUGCUAGCCAACCUCCGGACAUUAUGCCUUGAUCAAUGUGUGUUGGGAGACAUUUCCCUCAUCGGAGAGCUCAAGGAUUUGGAAAUUCUACACUUUGUGUUUUCCGAUAUCGAAAUGUUACCUAACGAAAUCGGAAAGCUAACCAAGUUGAAGUUGUUGGACCUAAGUGGUUCCAAACUCAAAAGAAUCGAAUCCGGUGUCUUCAACACGUUGAAAAGAUUAGAAGAACUGUACAUGGGUAACAGUUUUAGGCAGUGGGAAACAGAAAGACACGUCAGCCACAGCCAACAAAACAAUGCUAGUCUUGUUGAACUCAGGGCUUUGUCUUGUUUAACUGUUUUAGAUGUUCAUGUCCCUCAUGCAGACAUCAUUCCCAAGGACUUCUCCUUUGAAAAUUUGAGAAGGUACAAUAUUUUCAUAGGAGAUGCUUGGGAUUGGAAUAGGGAUUGGGAUUGGGUUGGUGUGGGGAAAUACUCCAGGACACUAAAACUCAAUCUACAAACAAGAUUCCGCUUUCUUAAUAAUGGAAUCAAAGUUUUAUUGAAGAAAGCUGAAAGUGUGGAGCUAGAUGAAAUGAAAGGUGUGGAGAUUUUGCUACAUGAGCCAGAAGCCAGGGAUUAUUUUCAGCAGUUGAAGAAUCUGCAUAUCCAGAAUGGCGCCAUGGUUCAACAUAUCCUUAAAGAUAAUGAUGUUAUUCCCAAAAUUGAGUUUUCUCAGCUACAAUCUUUGACGCUUGAGGGCAUGCCAAACUUCAUCAGCUUUUGCUCACAAAACAAUUGUUCCACUUCCACGUCUCCACAGGGAAUGGCCCUUUUCAACCAAAAGCUAUUGUUUCCUAAGUUGGAGAAGUUGAAACUAUCCACAAUUGGCAUUGAAAGGAUGUGGCUUCCCCAAGCGUUUUGUUCGGCUCAAAAUUUGACAAGCUUGAUCAUUGAGGGCUGCUCCAACUUGAAACACGUCAUAUCCGACUCUAUGGCUGAAUACCUGCAGCAGCUCAAAUACUUGGAAAUAAGUGAUUGCAAGUGCAUAAAUGAGAUAAUACCAGCAGAGGAGAUGACCAAAGAAGCAUUCAGAAACAGAGCUCCAAUCUCCUUCCCUCUAUUGAACACCCUCAAAUUGAAGGGUCUCGAGAAACUUAUCCGAUUUUGCCAUGAAGAUUAUAAGGUUGAAUUCCCAGCCUUGAAGAUUCUUGAGAUAGAAAACUGCCCAGAAUUGAGGGGAUUCAUGUAUGAAUCUAUGAGCAAAGAUAUCCCCACUGAAGGAGUUUUGUUCAAUGAAAAGGUUGUUUUUCUCAACUUGGAGAAAAUCGUAGUCUCUCAUUUGAGAAAUGUGAAGGGGAUGUGGUCUAGCCAACUUCAUGCAGAUUCCUUUUCUAAUCUAAAAGAGUUGAAAGUUGAGUACUGUGAUGCAUUGUUGAACAUUUUCCCAUCUUUUCUACUGAGAUUUUUUCCACGACUCGAAACACUAACGGUGUCGGAUUGUGCUUCGCUUGAAGAAGUAUUCCGAGUCCAAGUUCAAGGGUCAGGCAUGGAAGAAGCAAACGUGGUGAGCAGCCAAUUUAAAGUGGUGGAACUCGUUCGCUUGCCAAAGUUAAAGCAUGUUUGGAAUAAGGAUCCAAAUGGACACAUUUCUUUUCGAAAUUUACGAAACGUGUAUGUUUGGGAGUGUUGGAGUUUGAAGAACCUGUUCCCAUUUUCAAUAGCCAAAGGUCUUCAUCAACUUGAGAGCCUUACAGUUCAUUUCUGUGGCUUGGAGGAGAUCGUUUCAAAGAACAUGGGAGUGAAGCAGGGAAUUUGGUUUGAAUUUAAGCAGUUAUCUUUUCUCAUGCUUUGGCAUCUCCCAAACCUCAAAUGUUUCUAUCCAGGAAUGCAUAGCACAAUGUGGCCCAUGUUAAAAAAGUUGAAGACAUACGAGUGUCUGAAGAUGAAGAUAUUUGGUCAAGAAGAAUCCCAAAUCCAACAACCAAUGUUCCUAAUCCAGAAGGUUAUUCCCCAGUUGGAGGAAGUUUCAUUUAGCAGUGAUGAUAUUGAGAUGAUAAGUGGAGGCCAGUUUGAGGGAGAUAUGUUUUGGAAUAUAAAACAUCUUCGCAUUACUUGCUACCACUUCGAUACAGCAGUUUUUCCCUUCAGUUUUCUCCAAAGAUUUUAUAAUGUGGAAUCGCUUGAGGUGAUAUAA